UCAGCCCGCGGCGCCGGGGCCGCACCUGCGGAGGGGCCCGGGGCGGCGGCGGAGCCCAGCCCCCGGCCGCAGCCCCGCGGCGGCGCCCCGGCGGGACCAUGCCGGUGAUGAAGGGGCUGCUGGCGCCGCAGAACACCUUCCUGGACACCAUCGCCACCCGCUUCGAUGGCACACACAGCAACUUCAUCCUGGCCAACGCGCAGGUCCGCCGCGGCUUCCCCAUCGUCUACUGUUCCGACGGUUUCUGCGACCUCACCGGCUUCGCCCGCACCGAGGUCAUGCAGAAGAACUGCAGCUGCCGCUUCCUCUACGGGGCCGAGACCAGCGAGCCCGUCCUGCAGCGCAUCGAGAAGGUGCUGGACGGCAGGCAGGAGUACCAGACCGAGGUCUGCUUCUACAAGAAGGGUGGAACUGCCUUCUGGUGCCUGCUGGACAUCAUGCCCAUCAAGAACGAGAAGGGGGAGGUGGUGCUCUUCCUCUUCUCCUUCAAAGACAUCACAGAGAGCCGGGGCAGGAGCCACCCGAGUGAUAAGAAGGAGGAGAAGCAGAAGAGCAAGAGGCCCGGGAGCUCACAUCUACGGGCAGCACGGAGGCAGGGCCAGACGGUGCUGCACCGGCUCAGCAGCCAGUUUGCCCGGAGGGACCGUGGCGAGAUGAAAAUCAACCGUAAUGUGUUUGAGAACAAGACGUCCAUCCCUGAGUACAAAGUGGCCUCAGUGCAAAAGUCCCGCUUCAUCCUGCUCCACUACAGCAUCUUCAAGGCCCUCUGGGACUGGCUGAUCCUCCUGGCCACCUUCUAUGUGGCCAUCACUGUCCCCUACAACGUCUGCUUCACGAGCAUGGAGGACAGCCUGUCAGCUGCCCGCAGCACCAUCGUCAGCGACAUCGCUGUGGAGAUGCUCUUCAUCCUGGACAUCAUCCUGAAUUUCCGGACGACAUAUGUGAGCCAGUCGGGCCAGGUGGUGUACGACCCCCGCUCCAUCUGCAUCCAUUACGUGGCCACCUGGUUCUUCGUGGAUCUGAUUGCUGCUCUGCCCUUCGAUCUGCUCUACAUCUUCAACGUGACCGUGACCUCUCUGGUUCACCUGCUGAAGACAGUGCGGCUGCUGCGGCUGCUGCGGCUGCUGCAGAAGCUGGACCGCUACUCGCAGUACAGCGCCAUGGUGCUCACCCUGCUCAUGUCCAUGUUCGCGCUGCUGGCCCACUGGAUGGCAUGCAUCUGGUACGUCAUCGGCCGCAAGGAGAUGGAGAGCAACGACCCCCAGACCUGGGACAUCGGCUGGCUGCACGAGCUGGGCAAGAGGCUGGAGGCUCCCUACAUCAACAACUCAGUGGGGGGCCCCUCCAUCCGCAGCGCCUACAUCGCCUCCCUCUACUUCACCCUCAGCAGCCUGACCAGCGUGGGCUUCGGCAACGUCUGCGCCAACACCGACGCUGAGAAGAUCUUCUCCAUCUGCACCAUGCUCAUUGGGGCGCUGAUGCACGCCGUCGUCUUCGGCAACGUCACCGCCAUCAUCCAGCGCAUGUACUCCCGCCGCUCACUCUACCACACCCGCAUGAAGGACCUCAAGGACUUCAUCCGCGUCCACCGCCUGCCCCAGCAGCUCAAGCAGAGGAUGCUAGAGUACUUCCAGACCACCUGGUCGGUGAACAAUGGCAUCGAUGCUAACGAGCUGCUGCAUGACUUCCCCGACGAGCUGCGCGCGGACGUGGCCAUGCACCUCAACAAGGACAUCCUGCAGCUGCCCAUCUUCGAGACGGCCAGCCGGGGCUGCCUCCGCUCCCUCUCGCUCCAUAUCAAGACGUCGUUCUGCGCCCCGGGGGAGUACCUGCUGCGCCAGGGCGAUGCGCUGCAGGCCAACUACUUCGUCUGCUCCGGCUCCCUCGAGGUGCUGAAGGACAACGUGGUCCUGGCCAUCCUGGGCAAAGGGGAUUUGAUCGGAGCCGACCUGUGCAGCACGGACCGGGUGAUCAAGACCAACGCAGACGUGAAGGCGCUGACCUACUGCGACCUGCAGUACAUCGGGCUGCGGGGGCUCUGCGAGGUGCUGCAGCUCUACCCCGAGUACGCCAGCAAGUUCACGGUGGACAUCCACCAGGACCUGACCUUCAACCUGCGGGAGGGCAGCGAGAUGGAGGGGCUCUGCCGCUACUCCCGGUCCCCACGGCUGUCGCAGGCACAGCAGCCUCAUCCGGAGAGCGGUGCUGCCCCGGAGAAGCCCCUUCCCUCCAUCCUGGAAGACGAGGAGGAGCCUGACGAGGUCUUCCAGCAGUCACCGGCCACCAUCACCAGCCGCAAGCUGCUGCUGCCCCAGCUGAACAGCCCGGCUCGGCACGGCUCCCUGAGCAGCCUCCUGGGUGAUGAGCUGUGCCAGAUCUCAGCCCUGCGACGCAACUGCCGCUCCCCGGCCCGCUGCAGCCGGGGCCGCAGCCCCUCUCCGCGGUGCCGGAGGGACACCCAGCUCCCGGAGCGGGAUGGUGGUGCUGGCAGGAGGCCGGCCAAGCUCCUCAUCCCCUCCCUGCACACCUACGGUUCCCCGGACCUCAGCCCCAGAGUUGUGGAUGGGAUUGAAGACAACGGGGGGCUAUCAGAGCCACAAGCCUUCUGCUUCAACGUGGACCCCCCGCUGCAGAGCGCGGCGAGGGACUCCCCCACGUCAGGGACUGAUGCUGGUGGCCCAGCCCUGGCGAUGGAAGCAGAGGAGAUAAAGCAGAACAUCAGCAGGCUCAACCAGGAGAUCAACCACCUCAACCAGGAGGUUUCCCACCUCAGCCGGGAGCUGCAGUGCAUGAUGGAGCUGCUCCAGGGUCGUCUGGGGACUCUGCAGCCCCCCACCUGCCCCUACCGCCUGCCCCCCACCGCCUCCCCGCCCCCCCGGCCCUCCCCACCCUCUGCCCCGGUGCCCCCCUCGCCCCCACCCGUGCCCCCCAGCUCCCGCAGCUCCCCCUCUACCAGCCCGCGGGUCAAACGCUGCCCCGUCCGCAGCCGCUCGGCCCACGCCGCCGCCGGCUCCCCCAUGCACCCCUGGGUGGGCACUGAGGGGCCAUGCCCACCGCAGGGGGAACCCCCCAGCCCCGACCCCCGCAAGGCCUUGGCCUCGCAGCCCCUCUCGCUGCCGCCCCGCUCUGCCCGCUCCUUCCCCGGCUGCUCGGCCGGGGGUCGGCCCCGCGCCCACCCGCAGCCCCGCUCCAGCUCCGCCAGCUCCCACUGACCCCACGGGCACCGGGGUGGCGGUCAGGCCCCUCGCCCCCGGGGACCCUCACCCUGGGGGCCCCUCACCCUUGGGACCCCGGCCCGCCGCCCUGCUGUGCCCGUGACACGCCAGCUCACCAGGUCCCACCCCGGCAGCCCCAGCCCCCCGGGGGGCAGCCACCGGGAGCGGGGCAGCAGCGGGGGGGGUCCCCUGCACCCACCACCCCGCUCCCGCAGGACCCCCACCCCGGGGGCAGCGCUCGCCCCGGCCCGACACCAGCAGGGAUUUUGAUACGAUUUUAUACUCUUUGCCCACGGGGGCUUUUUUAAAACCAGGCCAGGCCCGACAGACCCCCGGGACCCCCCCCCCCCGGCGCCAUGCCCAGGGCCGUGGGGCUGGGGCUGGGCAGCACUGCCUCCCGGGGGCGGGAGGGGCUGGCGGUGGGGUCUGUGCUCGGGGCCGGUUCGGAGGGUCCGGGGGGUGUCUCUGGGGGGUGCCCCGGGGGGGACACGGUGGCUCCCGCUCGGCUGGGCGGCUCCCGGGCCUCCGGCGGCUGCGGUUUGUGCGGUGACGGCCGGCCCAGCCCCGCCCCUCCCGCCCCAACGGGAAAUAAAGGCUCUAUUUUUCCAACCCCGGCUCCGGCUGAGUCUGUCCCCGCCGCCGCCCCCGGCGCCCUCCCGCCGCCGCCCCGGGACCCCCGUGCCCGGGCCCCGCCGGGGGCGGCGGGACUGCAGCUCCCAACGGCCCC